CGCCUUUCCGCCAACUGCAGAGGCCCCGGCUAGUUGGCCACCGGAGUUGGGGCGCUCGCAGUCCUCUUCUCACAGUCGUACCGCCGACCCCGGGGCCGCGCGGGUGUCUGGUGGAGCAUGGCGAACUCGGGCUGUCAGGACCUCCGGGGCCAGGAGGGGGAGAGUUUUCUGUACUUCGCCUACGGUAGCAAUCUGCUGACCGAGCGGAUCCACCUCCGAAACCCGUCGGCCGCGUUCUGCUGCGUGGCCCGCCUGCAGGAUUAUAAGCUUGACUUUGGCAAUUCCCAAGGCAAAACAAGUGAAACUUGGCAUGGAGGUAUAGCCACUAUUUUUCAAAGUCCUGGCGAUGAAGUAUGGGGAGUAGUAUGGAAAAUGAACAAAAGCAAUUUGAGUUCUCUGGAUAAGCAAGAAGGGGUUAAAAGUGGAACAUAUGUCCCAAUAGAAGUUAAUGUUUAUACUCAAGAAGGAAAAGAAAUAACCUGUCGAAGUUAUCAGAUGAAAAAUUAUGAGAGUGCUCCCCCAUCCCCCCAGUAUAAAAAGGUCAUUUGCCUAGGUGCAAAAGAAAAUGGUUUGCCACUGGAGUAUCAAAAGAAGUUAAAUGCAAUAGAACCAAAUGACUACCAAGGAGAAGUCUCAGAAGAAAUUGAAGACAUUAUCAAAAAGGGAGAAACAAAAGUUCAAUAGAACAUAAUAGAUAUUUUAGAUAGAAAUCUAAAUUAUAAUAGAAAAUACAGAUAUUUUCUGUAUGUGCUAAUAUAUUUUUAACAUUUAGAAAAGAGAUCUGAGGUAUCUCUAUGUUUAAUAUAUUUUCAACAGUGCUCUAAAGGGAUAUCUUACUUAGGUAAUUCCUUGUUUUCAGACUCAAAAAAGAAACUUGGUUAGAAAUUAGAUAAUUGAGGGGCGCCUGGGUGGCUCAGAUGGUUAAGCGUCUGCCUUUGGCUCAGGUCAUGAUCCCAGGGUUCUGGGAUGGAGUCCCACAUCAGGCUCUCUGCUCAGUGGGCAUCCUGCUUCUCCCUCUGCCUGCCGCUCCACCUGCUUGUGCUCUCUUUCUCUCUGUCAAAUAAAUAAAUAAAAUCUUAAAAAAAAAAUUAGAUCAUUGAAAAGGAGGCCAUGAUGCACUGGAAUGCAUGCCAAUGGAUGUGGGUACUCCUUCCAUGAACACUUAAAGUUAUUUUCUGGAGUUGAGUGUAUUCUUGCUCUGUGACAGAGGAGAUAUUUGCAACUUAACGAUCGUGCUGGUGAAUCGCUCUGCUCUGGGAUUUUUUUUAAUCAGCUUAAUAAGAGCAAGCAAACUGCAGAGACAGUUGAUAAUUUUUUUUUUAAUUUAAAAAUGGCAUACUGUUCUUAGAGAAAUAAAUGUAUUUGUGGUUUAACC